CCCUUCGGGGGGCGCCGGGGCUGCGCGGGGCCGGCAGCGGGGCCCGGGCCCGCCGGGAGCUCUCUACAGGCAGAUGUAGCUGUGUGCUAGCAAUGACACUUGUGCUUUUUUGGUAGACACUCCAUGCUGCCCCGCCAUGUGCAGAGGCUGGGCAGAGACUGGAUCACCCACUGGAAUGGCUCCCAGAUCCUGGCCUUGAACAGCCCAGUUUCCAGCUGUAUGAGAUGGGCCGGACACUAUCCUCCCUGGGCCUCCUUUCCACUCCCUGUUUCAGCUGAUUUUUCAGCAAACUGGAGAUUCCCUCCAUUUUUUGGACCUUGGAGGCAAUUUCAGAACUCUCAUUGGCAUCUUGAUAACUACACACAAAGUUGUUGCUUUCACCUCCCCAACCCCAGUAUGAAAUCUGAGGGAGAAGAACCAUUGACAAAGAAGAGAAAACUCAGUGGCCAGGAUGAUACUCCAACUCCUGAGCAACAAACAGACUUGUCUAAUCAGAAGGAAGUAUGUUGUCUUUCUGUAGCACAGAAUGAAGAAAAGCAUGGCAGCAAGAAAGGAACCAUCAAAAGACACUGGGAAUAUUAUUGUCAGCAGAGUAAAACAAUGAAAAUAGCCAAAAAUAAAGGAUCUGACCAAAGCAGCACAGGAAGUGAGGCAACAUUUGAUUUUACAGUCAUGUCCUACAACAUUCUCUCACAGACUUUGUUGGAAGGCAACUCUCACCUGUACAGGCACUGCAGGCAGCGAUUGCUCUUCUGGACAUACAGAUUUCCCAACAUCCUACAAGAAAUCAAAGAGCUGGAUGCAGAUGUGCUCUGCUUACAGGAAGUCCAGGAAGACCACUAUAGAACAGAGAUCAAGUCAAGUCUGGAAUCCCUGGGGUAUCACUGUGAGUAUAAAAUGAGGACAGGCAGAAAACCUGAUGGCUGUGCCAUUUGCUUCAAAACUUCCAAAUUUAGCCUGAUUUCCUCAAACCCAGUGGAAUUUUUUCGCCGUGAUAUCCCACUCUUGGACAGGGACAACGUUGGACUGGUGUUGCUGCUGCAGCCCAGAUUUCACUGCAAAGCCAAUGCUGCCAUUUGUAUUGCCAAUACACACCUGCUGUACAACCCAAGGAGAGGGGACAUCAAACUGACCCAGCUUGCAAUGCUCCUGGCAGAGAUUGCCAGUGUUGCCCCUCAGAAGGAUGGCUCUUUCUGCCCAAUUAUCAUCUGUGGGGACUUCAAUUCUGUUCCUGGCUCUCCAUUGUACAGAUUUAUAAAGGAAGGAAAGUUAAAUUAUGAAGGACUUGCUAUAGGGAAGGUCUCUGGACAAGAACAGUUUCCAAGGGGACAAAGAAUAUUAUCUAUUCCAAUUUGGCCCAAAAAAUUAGGUAUUUCACAAAACUGUGUAUAUGAAAUAAAACAGCAACAAAAGGAAGAAAAUGCAGAAGAAAAAUCGGAAACAGAAAAACCAGACAACAAUCAGGAGAUUGUAAUAGCAUCUAAAAAGUCGUCUUCAAAAUUGCGGCACCAUUUUAAAUUGUCUUCAGUGUAUUCUCAUUACUUCCCUGAAACUGGGAUUCCAGAAGUGACAACUUGUCAUUCCCGAAGUGCUGUCACCGUGGAUUAUAUCUUCUAUUCUGCAGCAAAAGAUGAUACUGCUGACCAGCCAGGAGCAGAGGAUUCUUCUUGUGGAGGUCUGAAACUUCUUGGCAGGCUGGCACUUGUAACAGAGGAAGAUCUUUGGACUGUUAAUGGUCUUCCCAAUGAAAAGAACUCUUCUGACCACCUGCCACUGCUAGCAAAGUUCAGGCUUAUUGAACGGUAAUAUCCAAAGGACUUCUCUCUCAUGGGAUGAUUAUUAUUAUUUUUUUAAAAUUCAAGCACUGCUGGUCCAGUUUAAAUAAGUUUGCCUGCAUGCUGAUUUAUUAGUGUUGUGUGAAGUAGACUUUCUAAAGGGACUUGCUUUUUUUUUAAAAAAAGAUGGUUAAUUUACUUUACCAAGUCUUUUAGGGAGAAAAAGGAUUUUACAUUAGCUUCCUCUUUGAUAAAGGAAAACAUCUGUGCCAGACUCCAAAUGGCAUUAUUUUUCAUGAAUAUGUUGUAAAUGAUUUUUAUUGUAAAUCACAGUAAAAAGGACUAUUCUGAGAA